CACGAGCAGCACAAGGUACGUUGGUUGCACUGGCUAUCGAGCCGACAGCCCAACAAAUGCUGGAGCAGCAGAACAGACAGGCGCCGUUGACAAACGUCACGUCACAGAUAGGGAGAGCUAGUAAUUAUACGUCAAAAGCUAUAUGGUCCGGUUCGAUACGGGAUUAUGGGGGUAAGUCCUAAAAUUCCGCUCUUUGAUUUGGAGAUUGGACGAGCCGGUCGGUCCAUAGCAUGCAUUCUGGAGGGCGUGGGGACAUUGGAGAGGCUGGCGAAGGGGGUCGACGUGGAGUUUAGGGAGGAUGCGCAUAGGUUGUUGAAGUUCUUCUCUGUAGAAGAUAGGGGGUCGGCGCGGUAGGUAGGUAGAUCGUGCUGCUGCUGCUGCUUACCUUGCCUCUAGGUAUAUACCUAACCUUAGGUGAUUUCUUGAAUUAUCAAAC